GACCAAAUCUGAAGAGGUGUCGAUAUAGUACUAUUGCACGUGAGAAAUAAAAGAGCGUGCGGGGCAGAGAGAAAGGGCGAACGGUGAUAGAGAGUAGGAGAAAACACGGAAGAGGUUGGUAAUAGCACGGAAUUUUAGGCGAGUGAGCGUGGAAGUCUGGAUGAGGGAAUCCCGAGGAGAAGACUUCACAAACGGCCACGACACCAGACAUGAGUCCGAGGUGGCGGUCUGACGACGAUGCUCCAUGCCAUGGAAGUCCCAAGUCAUGCUAGACACCUCCUCCUGCAACUCAACACCCAGCGCACCAAGGGCUUCCUGUGUGAUGUCAUCAUCGUGGUGCAGAACGCGUUGUUCCGAGCCCAUAAGAAUAUUCUGGCCGCCAGCAGUCUCUACCUGAAGUCCCUGGUCGUCCAUGACAACCUCAUCAACCUAGACCACGAGAUGGUGAGUCCCGGAGUGUUCCGGGUCAUUCUAGACUACAUCUACACGGGCCGUCUGACGGAGGGAGACCACAGCUCCCCAACAGAGCCCAACCUGGGGGCCGUGCUGGCUGCAGCUAGCUAUCUGCAGCUGCUGGACUUAGUGGCGUUGUGUAAGAAGAAGAUGAGGAGAAAUGGGAAGUACCCUCUCCGCCCCACUCCUGCCUUUCUGCCCUAUGGGAAGAUGGGCCCCAAUAGUUUGGGUUUAGGGGGAGGGAGCAGGUAUCGGGUGUCCACCCCUGUUAUUCAGUCCUGCUACCCAGGGGGAGUUGUGAACACCCACACGCCCCGCGCCCCACCACUAGAGGAGCUGCCGCCCCACCCCCAUGCCACCCAUGCAGGGGAGUUGUAUGCCCCCACCUCCUCUCAGGGCCCUCAGGUGUUCCCCUCCACACCCUCAGCCCUGCCUGCCCAGCCCAGCCUUCGCCCAGCCCACUCUGACAGAAACUGCUCCCCCAUCUAUGGCCUGGACCUCUCCAAGAAGAGCCCUAACUCCCAGUCCCAGAACACUCCCUCCCACCCACACCUGGCCCAUGCCCUGCCCCACCACGAUGAGGAGCGGGAGGGGGGGCUGAGCGGCAGCACCAGCCCAAUGCUGGGGAACAAUGGCGGGGCCUACCCCACAGAAAAGAUGGAGACGGCUGAUCAGGCUGGGUCUCUCCCACCUCACUCUUACCCCCACCUUAAUAAGCCCCUGGGGCCCAACCUGCCCCACCUCCACUGCUCCAGCUCCCAAGGUCCAGACCACUACCCCUGCCCCCUCAGCCCCGACACCCCAACAGAGGCUGGAGAGCCCAGCAGGGAGGUGGGCAACAUCUACCGCUGGGUGAAGCAUGAGCCACUGUCAUACACAGCUGAGGAUGAAGAGGAUGACGAGGAUGAGGAGGAACGGGGUGGAAACGGAGACCAAACCCACCAGCAUCACAACCACCAUCACAAAGCAGGGGAGGAGAGCGAUGAUCGCUACCGUAGGGUAGGCUGUGAUGGGGAGGAUGAGAAGAGUGGCUCAGGCAGUGAGGGGACAGGCAGUAGUGAGGGUCGACCAUCACCCACAGGGGUCAUGGGGAGGUUCCACCUACCCUACGAGCCUGAGAGCUUUGGGGACAACCUGUACGUGUGCAUACCCUGUGACAAGGGCUUCCCCAGCUCUGAGCAGCUCAACGCCCACGUGGAGACCCACACAGAGGAGGAGCUGUACUCUGGAGGGGAGAUGGGCAGCAGCAACCCCAAAAACAACAGUAGCAACAGCAACUGUAACGGCAGCCUGAACAGCCUGGAGGGGAAGUCCAGCCAGAGCCUGACGCCUGGGGUCCUGGGGGAGAUCAUCAGACCCUAUCGCUGUAACUCCUGUGAGAAGUCCUACAAGGACCCGGCCACGCUGCGCCAGCACGAGAAGACCCACUGGCUGACAAGGCCCUACCCCUGCAGCAUCUGUGGCAAGAAGUUCACCCAGCGCGGCACCAUGACCCGCCACAUGCGUAGCCACCUGGGACUCAAGCCCUUUGCAUGCGACCACUGCGGCAUGCGCUUCACCCGCCAGUACCGCCUCACAGAGCACAUGCGCAUCCACUCCGGGGAGAAGCCCUACGAGUGUCAGGUGUGCGGGGGCAAGUUCGCCCAGCAGCGCAACCUCAUCAGCCACAUGAAGAUGCACAGCAGUGGGGGGGCCGGAGGGGCUCUGACAGCCGACGGCAAGCUGAAGCUGGACUUUGUGGAAGGGAUCUACCCCCUGAGUAAAUACGCAGCAGAGCACCUGGGGCUGAAGCAGGAGAAGGCCUCAGAGCUGCUGGCAGAGCAUGCCAUGGAGAGCCUGUUCCCGCUGUCCAAACUGGCAGCAGAACACCUGCGCCUCAACCACCAUGACAAGAUGGAUGUCCUGGGGGUCCCGCCCCUGCCCCCUCCCCCAGGGUCCCUCUCUGACACCCACUCCCGUAUCAUUGACCGCUACUCCCCCAGCUAAGACCCUCUGACCAGUCACCCCCAGCAAGGCCUUGGCUUCCACACAAUCCUGUGGGCACACAACUUAACUUACAGUAUUCUAACGUCAUUCACCUCAACUCCAUCAGUAUCUGCACCUCAGACUAAGGCCAAUACCUGGCCUAAAGAAUGCACACACACUGUGUAGACUCCUAUAAGUGCCUUUCUUUCCAAAGUUUGCAUUAUAUGCAUUUCAAAGACCUUCCUAAAAUGAGAAAUGUGCUAUUUCUAUUAUAUUUUGACCAAGGAAUACCCACUCAAAACAGUGUAGUAUUUAUGUAUAUGCAAACCACCGAGCCAAAAACAAAUUGAGAACCAAAAAUCAAUUUUUCUUAGUUUUUUGUACAUAAUGAAAAGCCAAAGAAACUGUUGCCAGAAAGUGUUGUAAUAUGACCCUACACCUGUGUACUAAAUGUACUUUUGUACUACUACUACUAUUGUAAUUGUACAUAAAAUGGGGAAAAAAGCACAAAUGGACAAGAUUCAGGGCUCCUGUCCAGAACUGAAAGGACUGUUGGACAAAAGAAAAAGCCAAAGCUUUGGGAUUUGCAAUUGAUUGGACCACUUUCUUAAUUUUGUUUUUGGGGGUACUGGAUUUUCUCUCUAUCUCCUGAUCCAGUUUUACUCCAUGCUCCAGCUGUUCUAGUCACGAGGGAGGGACUAACUGAAAACAGCAUUCGCUCCACCAUUUAGGUAAAGUUAUCUGUGCUUUGUUUUUCUUUGUUUUUCUUUUGCUUUGUUGUUACGUACUCUCUGAUCAUGAUGUUGUGUACAGAGAGACCGAUAUUAAGUGACAGUAAUAGUAGCUUAAUGACUUGUACACUCAGUGCUAUAAGCCUUUGAACCCAUAACCUCUCUUUAUUGGUAUUUUUCAAAUCAUUUUUUGACUUGCAUCCAAGUGCCUUCAAACUGUUAUUGAAAAGUAGCGAGUAGCACAACCCUGUGAUCUCACAACUGGGACGCAUCAUGGUGCAUACCCAACUGAUGACACGCCAAUCCUUCUCCAUGGCUUUAACAUCCAGUGAUGUGGAGUGUAGACUAAGCAUGGGUGUUGCCUGUGACAUUGUGUAAUAUACUGAACAAAGAUAUAAACGCAACAUGCACCAAUUUCAAAGAUUUUACUGAGUUACAGUUCAUACAAGGAAAUCAGUCAAUUGAAAUAAAUUCAUUAGGCCUUAAUCUAUGGAUUUCAUAUGACUGGGCAGGGGUGCAGCCAUGGGUGGUCCUUGGAGGGCAUAGGCCCACCCACUGGGGAGCCAGGCCCAGCCAAUCAGAAUGAGUUUUUCCCCACAAAAGGGCAUACCCCCUCAGAUGAUCCCGCAGGUGAAGAAGCCGGAUGUUGAGGUCCUGGGCUGGUGUGGUUAUACGUGGUCUGAGGUUGUAAGGCCGGUUGGACGUACUGCCAAAUUCUCUAAAACAACAUUGGAGGCAGUUUGGUAGAGAAAUUAACAUUAAAUUCUCUGGCAGCUAUGUUGGACAUUCCUGCAGUCAGCCUGCCAAUUGCACGCUCCCUCAAAACUUGAGAUAUCUGUGGCUUUGUGUUGUGUGACAAAAUUACACAUUUUGAAGUGGCCUUUUAUUGUCCCCAGCACAAGGUGCACCUGUGUAAUGAUCAUGCUGUUUAAUCAGCUUCUUGAUAUGCCACCUGUCAGCUGGAUGGAUUAUCUUGUCAAACUAACAGGGAUGUAAACAAAUUUGUGCACAACAUUUGAGAGAAAUUCACUUUUUGUUCGAAUGGAAAAUAUCUAGGAUUUCUAUUUCAGCUCAUGAAACAUGGGACCAACACUUUACAUUUUGCGGUUCUAUUUUUGUUCAGUGAAUUUACAAUGGUGGGUACAGCUAUACAACUCACCAGAAGAGAGCACAGAGAGGCCAUCCAAGUCAGUGCUGAGAGGCUUGAGCCAAUUACCCCUAAUCAGUCUCUAUCAAUAGCAGCAAUUCCCUCUAAUACAGAUGAUUCAUCAGCAUUGACAAUUGUCCCAUUCUGAGCAUAAAUAGUACUAAUCACUUUGAAUCCUUUUGACCCAUAGUAGUCUCAACUCUGACAGAGGGCCGUGCUAUCAUUGACAGGCCAACGUGACUGCUCCGCUGCUGCCUUAAUACACACACAGGGACUGGGAGCUGCUAAUGUGACGGCGUUGUGAACAUGAGAGCUGGGCGCUAGCUGCCUCUGACAGUGCUCUGCUCGUGGUGCGGCGGCAGGCCGGGCCGUCGGUGUGGGUGAACAGCACAGCACACCCCAGCUGCUGGCCUCCCAGUCUUCCAGUAAUCCCUGUGAAAUCUCACAUUCUCCCUGACAAUUCACACUGUCUGUCGGCCUGACGCCCCAUUUCAUGCCUGCCAUCCAGCCCCUCUGAUCCACACCAUAACAAGACACCCGAGCACUGCCGAGCCGAGUCCUACAUCUGCCCUUCCCUGUCUCCCUGCCAGGAGGCUAUCAAACACGGCACAGUACAGUACAGUGGCUCGUCUCUAUCAACUGAUGAGCACUUAUGGGUUUGGGGUUGAAGGCACUUAUUGUUUUGUUAAAUGUUUUAGAAUGUUUAUUCCAAAGAGCAUGCUGGCUUAUUAUUUGUCUAUGUUGUCAGACCUUAUGUCAGAUUGGAGUUUGUUGACCACUAUAGUGCCAAUGCCAACCUCAGUAGGUGAAUGUGAAGACUAAAGCCAUGAAUGCACUGUGAUAGACUUAUUGAAUCUUAAAACCUUAUCUUGGAGACUGAGACAAUAAGCCCUACUAUUGUGGGAUUGUAUUAAUGUACAACAUUAAUUGAAGGGUUUUAUUCUGUAGCAUAAUGAGCAUAUCAAGGUGUUGUUUUUCUGUCACUUCUUUUCUUUCUCUUUCUUGAUUUUGAACCAAAGCAAAGUGAAACUGGUGCUUACCUCAGGACGGAACCCAGCAUGGGGACGCAACGCUUUAGCUACACACCAACCAAACAACACACACGUACACACUUACGUACAUGCAGAUACAGACAUUUACAUCCAUUUUCAUUUUUUAUUUUGAGGGGACAAUAUUCCUGUGUUAAACCUGUGGUAAUUUCAUGGUUAUGAGAUGCUUUACUUGUCUUACAAUUUUGUUGAUAACAUGUGAUAUUAACAUUUUCCUCUUAUUUUAAUAUGCUGUGUACAUGUUCCUUUUUACUGUCCUAAUAGAGGCUUUGUAUGGGUUUGACCAAUGACAUUAUCUUAAUAAGGAAAAGUCAAGUUGGUGAUUUUCUCUUACCUUUGGAAACAAAAGUGUUAACUUUAAUUCAACAGAAUAUACAAAUGUAAAUGUUGAUAGGGCUUGUAAGGCAAGACAUAAGGUAAUACCUCUGGUUCCAAAGAAACAUAUAUAUAUACUGUCUAUGUGAAUUAGGUAUUUUAUUUUUCACCCGAAGCCUUAAUGUUUAGUGACGUGCUUGGUUGCACACAAGGAGUGAUGUAUUUCUCAAUAUUUCCCUAAACAGAUAAACAGUGGCUGGGCUCUGAGUGGAUGAAAGCUAUAGCCUCAAGUUGUUUGACCCAUUUCUCUGGAGGAGGCUUUGUGAGCUGAUGAUGAAUAAGGCUGUGUGUAUUUAUACACAAACACACUUUAAGCCAGCUUGUUUUGGACGGCAGGACAGGCAGCGGUUCCCAGCAGCCUACGUGAAGCACAAAAAUCACACUUGGCUCCAAAGUUAAUUUAGAAAAAUAGUCUACAUGGAAACUGUAUGGGCACAGCUGUUUUGUUAUAACAUAAGAAACUAGUUUAAAUGACAUGUGAAUUGACAGGGGUGGACAAUAUUAAUCUUCGAUUUAUCAUGGCAGUAUGAGGUUGGACCACAGACAUGUGAAGCCCCAUAGACAAGAGGGAACAGCCCAUUUGAAGUUGAUGUCAAUGGUGGGAAUAUAAAUCUCUCCUGCAUGUUCUGUCUCUCAUUCAUUAGUUCACUCUCACUGAAAGUCUAUCUCCCGUUUCCUUUUCUCACACCGUUAAAACAAGAAAGAAAUAGUUUCCACUGCCACUCCAAAUCUGUACAGGAAGAGAGAGCGAGAUAAUGUCCAGCGUUACUGCUCUGAAAUGACAUAUAGUGGGGCCGAGCGUAUGUGUGUGUGUGUGAGUUUAAAGGGGGAAGUGUUGGUUUGUCUGUUUGUGUCCACAUGCUAUUUCAGUAUAUGAAUGGCUGUUAAUGUAUGCUCUGGGAAUAGCUCUGGUGUGAAGGAGAGCAGAGGAGUGAAGGAGCAGGAAGUGAACUCUUGGCUGGGCCUUAGCGUUGAGCAGGAUGUGCAGUGUGUAUCUGCUUGCAGACCGAUAGAGACACAGAUGAAGAUUGGGAGGGAGUAGGGAGAGAGAGGAGCAUGGAGAGCUCAGCAGGGUGGACAUAAGCCCAUUGUUUAAAUAUGAAAGACUGAUCUUAGUUCUAAACCUCGCCAUUCAGAAAACAUUAAGAGCCUCCCUAUCUUUUUCCCUUCUUCCUUCCUUUUAUUUAUUUUUACUUUUUUUAAAGAGUAAACCCCUGUCCACUCUUAUAUUGUACAAUGCAUAGUGUGCUCUACUUUCAGAAAACUCUUAACAAAUUAAAGGUCUAAUGAAGCUGUUUUUAUUUAAAUAUUACAUCCUUUCUGGGUAUUAAUAAAGUACUUUACUUUGAUUGUUUCAAUCAAAAUUAUCCCAAAAAAUAGCUUCUUAGCAAAGAGCAAUUUCUCAAGUAAGUCUGUCUGGGAGUGGUCUGAGUAGGGAGGGGAAAAUUGAAAACUAGCCGUUAUUGGCAGAGAGGUUUGGAAUUCUCUUUCUUAUUGGUCUAUUAACAUCAACAAUUUUUUUGGGAGCAUGGCCUUAUUUCUAUUGCAGCAUAUUUGAUGACUAUCAUUCAGAUUCCAUUCACCCAGUUCAAGGCUACUACAUGAUAAUCAAAUGGUCCCUAUACCCAUCAUGAGGUUGCUACAACCUAGCCUAUGAAUGAAAGUUUUACAAUGUAGGUGCACAAGUCGAGAGAAACAUUUGAGGAGACACUUGCCUGUAUCUAGCUGAUCUAGGAUGUAAUCAUUAGUCCAACAGUUGCAAACGAGAGUUUCUAUUGGACAAAUUCAUGUAUGUUUAUCCCCGUUUCGUUUUUUUCAACGGAAUUGGCAGAAUGAAUACACCCCUGAUCACGCGUAAACACAGUUUACUUUCAUAGCAGCCACAUUGUAUUCCUUCUGUCAUCUAUGCACUCUCCUCCUCUCACCUUUUCCCUUCGCUUGUGAACUUCAAAGCACAACACAUCAGCUGUCUGUGACCAGGCGAAAAAACCUUUCCAAACCAAAACCAGAACUAACGUGUUAGUAAACCCACUACAAUCAAACAGUGAGUUUACAUUGUACAGUCAGUAAGCAGUUUAGCACUUACACCAAUGGGCCCCGGUGGCAAUAAAUUAGUAAAACCAAAAGCUUACCUUGAAUUGGAAGAGUUCCAGUGUUGUGUUGGAUAGUCAUAGCCAGCUAGCCAACAUAGCAUCCCUCUGUUUGAGCAGGUUGUUUGAAUAGGCUAAACUAGCUAGCUGCAUUUGCUAGCUAAGUAAGUGAGACUGAAAAAAAAUGACAAACUCUCUAUCUCACCACAUUUUAUACACUGCAGUGUUAGCUAGCUGUAGCUUAUGCUUUCAGUACUAGAUUAAUUAUCUGAUGCUUUGAUUGGGUGGACAACAUGUCUGGUCAUGCUGCAAGAGCUCUGAUAGGUUGGAGGACAUCCUCUGAGAGGUGUCAUAAUUACUGUCUAAGUCUAUGGAAGGGGGUGAGAACCAUGAGCCUCCUAGGUUUUGUAAUGAAGUCAAUGUACCCAGAGGAGGACAGAAGCUAGCUGUUCUCUGGCUACACCAUGGUGCUACCCUACAGAGUGCUGUUGAGGCUACUGUAGACCUUCAUUGCAAAAAAAGUGUUUGAAUCAAUUAUUUGGUGACGUGAAUAUAUUUUGUAUAGUGUUAUCUAAAAAGGAUAACUUUUUUAAUGUUUUACCAUUUUUAUUUUUAUGAAAUUCCCUUUCCUUCUCUGAGGAGCCUCCACUGGUUCCCACAGUGGACCGGGUUGGAUUCGAAGGGAAGGAGAGACUUGACACUUUCAUUGGCCUUUAUUACAAGCAGCUGCUUUCCUCCAUUUAUUCCCCCAAACUGCACUUUUCUGGAAAAUUCAUUGAAUUAUGAUUUUAUUACCCUCGUGACCCCCUAAAACCCUCCUCAAUCGCCUUUCCUCUCGCAUGUUGCUUCCUCAUUUUCCUCUCUCCCCGAUCCAACCACUGAUUUCCCACUUUUUCUUCCUUCGUUACCUCUUAGCACUGCUCUCACCUCUCCGUCUGUCUCCCGCUCUCUUCUUGACACUCAGCACGAACCACUAGUCCAUGCUAACAACCCUCCUCCUCUACUCCUCCUUCCCUAUGCCUCCUCUCUCCCAUGAUCAAGUCGCUUCCAGUUGUUUUUCCUGCUCAAGAAGACAGUUGUCUAAAUGUUUAUGCGAACAACUACUUUAUUUUUCUUAACGCCCUGAUCAAGUUCCAAAAUGAACUUCAAAAUUUGACGACGUUAUUAUGUGCUUGCUUUUCAAGUCAAGAAGUAUAUUUCAAAGGAAUUUAAGAGACAGAGCAUCAUUAUUGAGGAAACGCAGGACAAUACGAGAAAGAAAUGUUCAGAGGGAAAUAUGCUAAGAAAGAUGCCAGUAAAGUAAACAUGAGUGGAUGAAAUUGCACAAUUGAGCCAGACCACAGCCCCACCAGCCAAGUCAUGUGCUGAGAGGGAGAGGGAGAGAAAGAAUGAGAGAGUUGAAGUACCAGUCAUAGCUUAAGUAAACAACAUAGAAAAAAACUGAGUGGCGGUGAGCUGCUGCAUCGUCAGGUUUUCAUGUUGGCGUCUCAGUCUGAGUGCCCUUCAGCAUUGGUGUCUUCUUACCAGGCCUUCAAGUCAUCACCCAGUCUCCACAUGACAGAGACAGACAGUCUUUGUUCAAGCAGAGGAGGUAGUUGUGGCUGGUGGCUGCCCCAUGUCUUCUUCAGUAUGUUUUGCUUGGAGCGUUCUGUCUCCACCAGGCAGUGAAAUAGUCAGACCGCAGACCUGAUCAACAGACAAGACAGACUAAGAAGACACCGUGUAAUCUAGAAUAUCAUAUUGCCGUUUUUCAAGGCUUGACUCUAUUGAUAUGAUUAAUUUACGGUACUUCUCCUAAAGUGAAUUGACUAAAACAACAAACAACUUAAAAGGAAAACACAACUAUUUUGGUGAAAAUAGCAGUUCAGUUUCUGAUCUAAUCUGGGGUCUAAUAGUCAUGUAUGAGUACACAGAUACACACAGACACAAACAAAACGCAGACACACGAACAAACACACAGCUGGAUGGCAGACUGCCCUGUCACUGUUCAUGACUGGCUGUUCCAGAUUAGGUCAGAUUAAAUUAGGUUUCCCUGCUCCAUUUGGAGUGUCAGUUCUUGUAGAAAAAGUCAUUACUAAAACAAAGGCAAUGUUACUGACGGCCUGAACUGAACACGCACUGAGACGCCUGCCAGAAUGUCACAGAGCCGAGGGUCCACACACUCUCCUAAACACACUGCCCAUUUACAUUAAACACACACACUCACACACACAACCAAUUUGAUCCCAUAUAGAAAUGGUGGAUUUGGUCCAUCAUCUCAUAAAGAUUACUGGGGUGAUUGAGGUGGAAGUAGAAUUUGUGGUUGCAGAGUAGGAAAGUUCAACAGGCAUGUAGACUGAAUAGGGAUAGACAGAAGCACUGAAACAACCAAUUGACAUCAGAUAUUAUUCUGUCUCCAGAGAUAAUGGAACUUUAUUUACCAAACAAGCACACCAGUAUUUAAAAAAAAAAUAAUUUCAAAUAUAAACAUUUUUUCAAGCGCUUUCUUGAAAAUAAAAACCUAGGUUUUGAAUAGAAAGCAAUACACAAAAAAACUAACAGUAUUUUUCUACUUUACAUUGUCAAUAUUGUUCUUAUUUUGCUUUAGUGAAAUGAAUGUAUUUAUUGCAUGUCUAAAUGUUUUAUAGGUCAUUGUUUUGUGUACAUUUCAAUUGUGUCUUAAUAAAUCAUGUUUGAUAAGGCUUUUAUUUGUUUUAAGCCAUUGUGAGAAUUGUAUGUUUUUUGUUUGUUUCUAUACUCAAAAUCAACUUGGCAAUAAAAAUGAAUUGCAUAAUGGUUUCACAAA